CAGCGGCCAAUGGCGGUGGGCGUGGCCACCGAGCGGGCGCGAUGGCUGCCGAAGGGCUUCGGCUGCUGCAGCCGCUGCUGCUGCUGCUCUUCUUCUCUUGCCGCGGGGCUUUAACGCGGAACUCCGCGGGGCCGCGCUACUCCCCCGAGUGGCCCAGCCUGGAUGCGCGCCCCCUGCCUGGCUGGUUCGACGCGGCCAAGGUCGGGGUCUUCGUGCACUGGGGGGUCUUCUCGGUGCCCGCCUGGGGCUCGGAGUGGUUCUGGUGGCACUGGAAGGGCGAGCUCCAGCCCGGCUACGAGAGCUUCGUCCGCCGGCACUUCCCUCCGGGCACCUCCUACGCCGACUUCGCCCCGCGCUUCUCCGCCGUCGACUUCCAGCCAGAGGAGUGGGCGCAGCUCUUCCAGGACGCCGGGGCCAGGUAUGUGGUGUUUACCUCUAAGCAUCAUGAAGGCUUCACCAACUGGGGGUCGAAAGCAUCCUGGAAUUGGAAUUCAGUGGAUACUGGUCCCCACCGUGACCUGGUUGGUGAAUUGGGAGAGGCUGUCCGAAAAAGAAACAUAUCCUUUGGACUGUAUCACUCCCUUUUUGAAUGGUUUCAUCCAUUGUAUUUACUGGACAAAAAAAAUAGCUUCAAGAGCCAGUUUUUUGUCUCUGAGAAGACUCUUCCAGAACUCUAUGAACUUGUUUUAAGGUACAAGCCGGACCUUAUUUGGUCGGAUGGCGAUUGGGAAGCUCCAGAUACAUAUUGGAAUUCAACUUCCUUCCUUGCCUGGCUAUACAAUGAUAGCCCAGUUAAGGAUACCGUGGUGGUGAACGAUCGAUGGGGCGCCAAUUGCUCCUGCAAACAUGGGGGCUACUACAACUGCCAGGAUAAAUUCGAGCCCAGCUCUCUUCUAGACCACAAGUGGGAGAUGUGCACCUCUCUUGACAUAAGGUCAUGGGGAUAUCGCAGCAACAUGCAAGUUUUUGACAUCAUGAAUGAGUUCACCAUUAUUCAGCAACUGGUGCAUACUGUCAGUUACGGAGGAAAUUAUCUUCUCAAUGUGGGGCCCACCAAAGAAGGACAGAUUGCUCCAAUUUUCCAAGAGAGGCUCCGGGCCCUUGGCCUGUGGCUGAAGGUGAACGGGGAGGCCAUAUAUGAAUCCAAGCCUUGGCGGACGCAGAAGGAGAACCGCAGUGAGGAGACCUGGUACACUUCAAAGGGACCGGCAGUCUAUGCUAUUUUCUUGGUGUGGCCAAAAGACAGUGUGCUGACUCUUUCAUCACCUGUUGUGUCUGCAAGUACUCAAAUCACCAUGUUGGGAUUCUCCAAGCCUUUAAAAUGGCAGUCAUCACCACAACAGGAAUUGCAGGUCUUGUUGCCCUCAGAAAACCGCUGGCUUCUCCCAUUCGAGCACGGCUGGGCCGUGAAACUACUUGGAGUAUCCUGAUGGGAAAUUUGGAAAGGAAUCGCAGAAUGACUGACUGUACUUUUUAUCUCAUGCUUAAACCUGGUGAUUAAGGGAGCCUAAACAAAUCUGAAAGAAGCUUCACUUAAAGAAGGCUUUAGCAUUUCCAGGCUGGCCAUCCUUGUGCUUACCAUUUUCAAAAGGAUGGUUGUAAAUUAAGAUAUCCAGUUGGAGGUAACCUCGAUAUAAGGCACAAAGCCAAAAUAUUACUAUGAUACUUUGAAACUUUGCUUCAAUGGAAAGAAAGAUGUCUCAGGGGAAUUAUAUUUUCU